AAUUGGGGUUAGAAGUUUCCGGGGAUCGCCAGGCCGAAGUCUGACAGUCACCAGCCACCCUCUCCGGAGCUGAGGAGGACGAGCUGCCCGGCGGCAGCAGCAGCUCAAUUAUCUUCUAAUUUCCUCCAAUUGUCUUACUUUACAAGGAAUGUGAUGGCGAUCACGAGGAGAUCAGCAAUCCAGGCAGUCAUGCGCUAAUUAAGUAUUUAAAGCAGGAAGACGCAGGAGCCGAGCAAGGGAUUAGAGUGGGUCGUCUGGGUGGGUUGGCCUGUGGGGACCACGGAUGCUGUCGCUGACAUUUGCAGAAGGGCGCGCCGAUUCUUUUGCGCUGUCACGAUCGAGCUGACCGUCGGCCUUGCUGCUUUAUCAUUUCUCUUGAGUCAUGUGGACCCGAGGGCUGCUCGCGGCGCUCUUCGUGACUUUGGUUUCCAGCCAGUUUCCGCGUCAGUGCGCCACCCCAGACGCGCUAAGGAGUGGCGAAUGCUGCCCGUCUCUUACUGGGGCGCCGUCGGACCGUUGCGGAUCCUCUCUUGGACGAGGGCAGUGCGUCGACGUGGACGCAGAUCGACAUCCUCAUGGGCCUCAGUAUCCCCACGACGGAAGAGAUGAUCGAGAGCGCUGGCCGCUGGCCUUCUUCAAUCAGACCUGCCAGUGCAAUGGCAACUUCUCCGGGUUCAACUGUGGCGUCUGCAAACCGGGCUUCUCGGGCCCCAAUUGUGAUGAGCGGCUUGUAGUCGUCAGGCGCAAUGUGAUGGAGUUGAGUGCUGAUGAGAAAAGGCGCUUUAUCAAUGUACUGGAUCUUGCCAAACGCACAGUCCAUCCAGAUGUGGUCAUUCUCACUCGCCGGCGAUCACAGAUCCUGGGCCCAGAUGGAAACAGCCCACAAUUUCAAAAUAUCUCCAUCUACAACCUCUUUGUAUGGACACACUACUAUUCCGUUAGUAAAACCUUCCUUGGAGAAGAACAGAGUUUUGGAGGUGUGGAUUUCUCGCAUGAAGGCCCCGCGUUCCUCACCUGGCAUCGGUACCAUCUGAUGCAGCUUGAAAGGGACAUGCAGAAUAUGCUGCAGGAUCCCACCUUUGCCUUGCCUUAUUGGAAUUUUGCCAUUGGUGGGACUGUAUGUGACAUCUGCACUGAUGACCUCUUUGGUGCCAAAAGCAACUUUGAGUUCAAUGCUAUUAGUCCCAACUCCAUUUUCUCCAGGUGGAAUGUUCUUUGUGAAAGUGUUCAAGAUUAUGAUACACUCGGGACCAUAUGCAACAACACGGAGACCAAUUUUAUCCUACGCAAUCCUGGUGGGAAUAUUGGAAGACCAAUGGUACAACGCCUCCCUGAGCCCCAAGAUGUUGCAGAGUGUUUAGAAGUUGCGAUUUUUGAUACUCCACCUUUCUUCUCUACCUCCUCAAUGAGCUUCCGUAAUACAAUUGAAGGGUACAGUGAGCCCAGUGGAACGUAUAAUGCAACCGUCCGCAGUUUGCACAACCUCGCUCAUCUGUUUUUGAAUGGAACUGGAGGGCAAACUCACCUGUCUCCCAAUGAUCCCAUUUUUGUCUUGCUACAUGUUUAUACAGAUGCUAUUUUUGAUGAGUGGCUCCGAAGAUACAGCCCAGCUGUAACGGUUUAUCCUUUGGAGAAUGCACCAAUUGGACACAACCGGCAGUAUAACAUGGUCCCAUUCUGGCCUCCAGUAACAAAUGAGGAAAUGUUUGUGACCGCUCCGGAAAAUCUGGGUUACUCCUAUGAGGUUCAGUGGCCAAGUCGUCCCUUCAGCCUUACAGAGAUAAUAACCAUUGCUGUCAUUGCAUUGCUGAUGUUGAUUGCAGUCAUUUUUGCUUUGACUACGUGUAUUUUGCGCACCCAGUCCUUCAGUCGUGGUAAAACUGAAUCACACCAGCCUCUUCUGGGAGACCAGUAUCAGCGCUAUUCUGAAGAUUAUGGCCAAGCUCAUCCUAAGAGUCAGUCUGCUGUUUAACCCUUUAUUACAUUUGAGUCUGGUUUUCAACUGUUGUACUUAUUAAACCAUGGACCAGAGUCCCCUAA